AUGGCAAACUUCUCUGUAGAGUGGCUCUCCAGGAGCUGCUAUGAAAACACUCAGGAUGAUUUAUGUCGACUAAGAGUGCACGAAGGAAGUGGACAAGUUACCUCAAUGAAUGAUAGCUGCGGUUAUACUUCAGGCUCUGAGAGCGAGGUAGGGGAGGACAGCGAGGGGGAGACCACCCAGCAGAGGAGGAUGAGGACCAAGUUCACCUCCGAACAGAUCAGAAAACUGGAAGAAACCUUUGGCAGGAACAAAUACCUGGGUGCUGCUCAGAGGAGGACGAUAGCUGAGAGGCUGAACCUGUCAGAGACUCAGGUGAAAACGUGGUUCCAAAACCGGAGGAUGAAGCUGAAACGGGAGGUCCAGGACCUCCGACCACAGUUCCUCCCCGUCCCUGCAGCCCUGCUCCCUCCUCUGCUGUUUCAGCACCACCCGCUCAGUGGACAGCUCCUCACCGGCAGCGGCCUCCACCUGCAGCUGCAGCCGCUCCACAGGACGAGCCUGCCGGCUUCCCUGCACCAGCACAGCUCCCCCCGAGUCUUCAUCCCGCCACACUACCACUGA